ACAAAAAACCUUACAAAGGGGGAAAAGCGGGUCAGAAUCACAUGAUUUCAGCAGAUCUAGAGAAACAAGCAAUGGCAGAGAGUGCAGUGAAAGAAAAGCUGAAAUGUUCCAUUUGCUUGGACAAUUUCAAGAAUCCCAAAGUGUUGCCAUGUUGUCACAGCUUCUGUCUCCAUUGUCUGGAGGAAGCUCACGAAAAAACCCAAGACAAUAAAAACCUAACCUGCCCUGAAUGCAAGGCUAAUCAUCAGGUUUCUACCAAUGGUCCCCGUGGUUUCCCUGACGACUACACACUAGCUAAUCAAAAACACGCCCCAACAACCACACCAGUUUGUGAGCAAUGCGGCGACAAGACCAAACCAGUGGAGUACAGUGACACCUGCUCAGAGUACCUAUGUGAAGAGUGUUUGAGAGCCCCCAAAAAACAUAAGGGUGAUCAAAAUCACGAGACAGUCAUUAAAGACCAGUCAAAGAAGAGCUAUUUGUGUAGUGUGCACCCCGAAGAACCACUUAGGCUUUACUGCAAGAGUUGUAAGAGCUUGGCCUGCUUCCUGUGCUUUGUGGAGCUACACAACGGCCAUGAAAAUGAGAUCAUUGAUAACAAAAUAAAACAAGAAGUGGAACAAAGUAUCAACAAUCUGGUAAAAGUAACAGAUUUGAAAUUGAAGGAAUUUGAAGAAAGCUUGAAAUAUGUUUCUGCCCUUGAAACGGAAAAAGCAGAAGCUUCCAUUACACUCAAAACUCAAGUCGAUAAGGAAGUACAUUUUCUCACCCAACAACUUGAAGCAAGGCGUAAAGAACUACACAAGGAGAUUGACGAUACUUGUACAAAGGACCUCAAUAAAUUGUGUGUACAGAAAGAAUACCACGAGACAGCCAUUACGAGCAUGGAGGAUGCUCUAAGCUUUGCUAGAAGAGCUCUAGCCUGCAAGGAAGACACGGAACUACUGGCUCUCUGCAAAUUGAAAGAGCUGAGUCAGCUAAAAUGGGAUAGUCAAGAAACUGAGGAAAUCGAAAUUACAACCAUCGAAUUCAAAUAUCCUCAGGAGAGGGAAGCAGAUACGGCAGUUGGGAAGAUACAAACAGAAGUACAUACGCCAGAUAUACAAAUUACCACAGAAGAGCUGCAUAAUCAUGUUCAAUUUUCUGAUGGUUGUAGUAUUACGUUUCAAGUAACGGCAGUAGUGAAUUUUAAAUGGAAAUCGAAAACCCCUAAACUAACCGCUUCAGCAACUUAUAGAUCCCAGCAGUACAAAUUGUAUGAAAAUAUAACUGAAGAAAAUGCUACAGCAAACAGUUGGACAGUCAAGUUUACUCCUAAAGAACCAAGUAUUUACACGAUUACAUUUCAAGUCAAUGGGGACUAUGGAGGCACAUGCCUAUACCAAAGUGCUGAAUACCGAAUCGAAGUAUAUAACACUAUACAAAAUCUGCCCAAGCAUUUACGAGCACUAACUUAGUGUUGUAGAACUGCAUCAUGCAAUGUCUGGUCAUUAUUAUUAGCUAUGUAUCAGAUGCAAAUAAUUAUUAUAACUGCUUUUCUAUACAUAAUUAUUAUUGUACACACAUACACUGUUCAUGUAACUCAUUUUUGUACGGUGGCCCUGAGGUACACACCUACUCCAUUUUUCAUUUGCGGUUCAUUUCGCAGUUCAACUGCCCUUCUGCAGUUCACUUUGCAGUUCACUUUGCAGUUCACUUUUGCAGUUUGCUUCUGCAGUUCAGUUUUUUAGUUCUCUUCUGCACUUCACUUUUGCAGUUCGCUUUUGCAGUUCA